AUGCUCGGGCAGAGACCUCAUGGUGCUCAACUGGCCCAUCGCAUGAGAAAUCAUGGGGUUUGCUUGACGCAUGACCUCGUUACUUCGUUCAGGCGCACCUGUGCUGCGUGUCUGUGCGGUAGCACUAGCACGGUGGUGAUUGUGUGUCGCUACGUAUCAACAGAGGCCUUGUCUGCUGUGCUGUCCCCAUCUCCAUCGUCAUGCACGCCGGCGUCCACGUCGAAGUUGUCGCCGUCGCAGCCACUGUCCACGUUGCGACCGCCACGCGUUGCAUCUCCUCCGCCGCUUUCUCUCUUGUCUUGGGCUGUGGACGGCUCAGGCCAUACUCAUCACCGUUGUCGGCGCCGCUUGUCCAUGAUGGAGCGCAUUCCACUCGUGUGCGAGACGAUUCGAGCCACUGCGCCGGAUGUCGUUGCUCUCCAAGACUCCACCCCAGAGCUCGCGGAGGCGCUCAUCAAGACUCCCCACGAGGGCACCGUAGCGACUUCGUCAACUCCGGCACCGGAAAGGCGUUUUCACAUCUACUGCGCUGAGCUAGCCCGUAAGCUGCAACGGCAACAGCCAAGUAGCGCUUUGCCGCCUUUAUCAGCAUCAGCUGCACCAGUCGCACCUCCAACCACUGAAGCACAACGGAGUGCAAGCUCCCAUGAGCAGCCGUCGCAGACCAUGGACGCGCCUGCACCUGUGGCUAGCUCCCCGGCGGCCCCAACUGCCCCGUCACUCUCGUGCCGCUACCGUCUUGUCGGACGUGCUCGAAACGGCCGCUGCGGUGAAGUGCAGCUCUUCAUCAAGGAGGAUUCUGUUUGGGCUGCUCAGCUGCUUCCUGGCAUGGGUGCCGGCCUCACGGUGGAGUUGUGCAGCCGCACCCCUGCCGCUCUGCCUCCGCGUUCUUCGACAAGUGAUGCCCCCACCUUGGACACCUCCUCAUCGGAGAGUGGCGCCGCAGCGAGCUCGGCAGCGAAGCAGGGCAGUGACGAACCAGGCGGCAGCGGGACUGACUUACCGUGUCACCGCUGCGUGCUCACUACCGUCGACCUCUCAUACCGGGGCAAGAGUCUCGGCACCAAAACCGAGGGGCUGCUGGCUGACGCUGCGGUCAGCGCCGAGGGCAGCCCUUUUACGCUCCAAACUCAGCAGCCAUCGUCUCUGUCUGCCGCCAAGCGACACGGACGGGCGCCAGGUCAGCUGGACCCACACCGUGCCAUGGCGCUUGACUGGGUGUAUCACCACGUGCGGCCCGACGUGGUGGUCGGCAACCUCUUCACCGGCGCACGCGAGCACGUCCCCGGCUUCGAGGACGUGUGGGUGCGGGCAGGGUCGCCAGCGGGGCAGGAGCGGACGACAAACACGUGUGCGCGGCACCGAGUUGAUCACGCGACGAACUAUUUCUACUUUCGGCCCUCUCGCAACGUGGCGUCGCCGGAGGCGAUGGAGGGCCUCAUGCGGAUGAAGGAGGCCGAAGCAACGGCCAGCAAGUCUCUAUCAUCGCCUCCAACUCAACCUCCAACAACUGAAGGCGCUUUGAAGAAUGCGGCUUCUGCAGGGCCGACGAGUGGCCAGACCACGGGGGUGACAAGCACGACCGUUGUUGCAGUCGCUGCGGACGCUCCAGUCGGCACCCCGAUCCCGCUCGCCGCUUCUCGGGACCGUGCGACGGGCUCGUGGCAACUGCGCUCUUCUUCUGCGCGGGGAGGGACGUUUGUUGAGGGUGCUGAGCACCGGGUUGGCGGUGCGGCUUCUUCUUCGGGGGCGGAGCACCAUCGCGUGGCAGAGGUCAGUGGCGACGAUGUUUGCACGUCGGGUGACCUCACCGCAGGGAUGCCAGAGGUCUCGGGGCGGUUUCAGCGCUGCCUGCUGCGUGGCUGGGUGCGCCGUGGCCCAGCCUCGCGAAGCGGGCAUCUCUCCGCCCACCCUUUUCUGCGGCAGUAUCCCUACUGUCGUGUUGUGGUACUGCGGCCCACAGUGGAGGUGGAGCUGUCGGCAGUCGAGCAGGCCUGGCAUGCACGGUAUAUCACAGCUCAGUACAGUAAGCAGAGGCCUACCACGCUAACACCGUCAGCGACUGCUGAGACACCUGGAGGCGAUAUCGAGAGCAAGUCGGGAGAAGCUGGACCAGAGGUGACCAAUGUAUCCCAGGCAACCCGAACCGGGGAGGCGUCGCCAUCGCCGUCGCAUCAGGCACGGGUGAACUCUCGCGUGCGCUGCUCCGUGUCGGACCAGUACCCACUACUCACUCUACUGUCAUGA